AUGCUCAAAAAAUACCUCUCUACUUGUUCAUCUAAUCAAUAAAAUUAGUUAAAAUCUGCAAUAACCAAAAUAAGUAUAGUCAUCUCCUUAAAAUUUAGAUCUAUCUUAAAGAACUAUUAAUUAUGGUACUCCUAAAAUCUAACUAAAUCUAGGAUCAAUUUAAAAUAGUAUUUUAGAUAAGUAAUACCCUUCAUCAUAACAUAUCAAAUCAAAUAAGUUAUCAGAACACAAUUUGCACAGUAAUUACGUAAAAUCAUCUUAGAACAAGAUUAUUCUCCAUCUAUUAGAGAUUCUAGUUAAUAAGGCUUGGAUCUAUUACUAACUUAAAGAGAUGAAACCCUUAAAUUUAGAUCGACUUCGUAAAACGAAAAAAAACUAUAAUUGAAGCGAUAUAGUGGUAAAUAAUAAUGUAUAUCCAAUGAAAAGAUCAGAGUCUUUGAUGUUUUCAAUCAAAGUAUUAGGUUAAAUAAAUAACCCAAUACUUCAAAAAUUUACAUAACCACUAAAGAAACCUUGAAAGUUCAACUGUAAUAGCAGAAAAACAAUCAACAAAAUUAGUUCAAAAUUUUACCAAAUAAUAUAAAUAAUCAAUAAAAGAAUGAUGAAAUACAAAAAUAAUCCAAUAAACCACCUAUAUCCAGUAAAUUAAAUGAAUCAAGAGAUAUUCUCUAAUAUAUGAGAUAGAAUUAAACAAAUAAUAAUAAAACUACAUAGUCUAAGGAUGCAUAAGGCAUUUAAAAUAUGAAAAAUUUCUUUCAUUCUCCAUAACAGAGUGAAAAUAUAGUUUUUAGUACUUCAGGUAGAUAAAAUAAUAAAAUAGAUAUUGAAAAUACCAAAAACGAAAAUAUUCUUGAAUUACUUUUACUUUCAACUUAAGAACUUAAUAAGAAAUUGAAAAAUAAAGAAAUUGUUAGAAAUUAAUCGGAAGAAAAAAUACCAGUAAAAAUAAGACUAAGAGCAGGUAGUAGAUUUCCAAAAGACUUCUUUGAAUGA